AUGACGAGAGCCGGCACCCGGCGCAUCCUCGCGUUGGGGAUUGAGGGAAGUGCAAACAAAAUUGGGGUGGGGGUCGUGGAUGCGGCGGGAAACGUGCUCUCGAACGAGCGCGCGACGUACAUCACCCCCGCCGGGACGGGCUUUCUGCCGCGCGAGACGGCGCAGCACCACACGACGCACAUUCUGCGUCUGGUGCAGGCCGCCCUGGCCGCCGCGCAGGUGCGCCCCGCCGACAUCAGCGUCAUCUGCUACACGAAGGGGCCAGGCAUGGGGGCGCCGCUCGCAGUGGGCUGCACCGUCGCCAAAACCCUUUCGCUGCUGUGGUCUGUGCCGCUGGUUGGCGUGAACCACUGCAUCGGGCACAUUGAAAUGGGGCGCGUCGUCACGGGGAGCAGGAAUCCGGUGGUGUUGUACGUGAGCGGCGGCAACACGCAGGUGAUUGCCUACGCGGAACACCGCUACCGCAUCUUUGGGGAGACCAUUGACAUUGCGGUGGGGAACUGCCUGGACCGCGCCGCGCGGCUGCUCGGGCUCUCCAACGAUCCCGCGCCCGGGUACAACAUCGAGCAGUGCGCCAAGCGCGGACGCUGCUUCAUUGAGCUUCCCUACGUUGUGAAGGGGAUGGACAUGUCAUUCAGCGGUCUCCUCUCCUUCGUGGAGGCGCUGCUGCAGCAUCCGCAGUUCACGGACAAGGAGAAGUGCCCACCAACCGCGACCUCCGCUGCGGCCGCGUCGUCGUCGUCCACGCAGCGACGGGCACUGCCAAACGGGGUCCAGAAUGCCGUGGACGAGCCGUUUGGCAUCGAUGACAUCUGCUACUCGCUGCAGGAAACGAUGUUUGCCGUGCUGGCGGAGGUGACUGAGCGAGCCAUGGCGCAGUGCGACUCCAACGAGGUGCUCAUCGUCGGCGGCGUCGGAUGUAAUCUGCGGCUGCAGAAAAUGAUGCGGGAGAUGGCGCAGUCGCGUGGGGGAAAGUGCUACGACAUGGACGCCCGCUACUGCAUCGACAACGGCUGCAUGAUUGCCUACGCAGGGCUGCUGGAGUACGCGGCCGGCGGCUUCACACCGCUGCCAAACGCAACCGUCACACAGCGGUUCCGCACCGACGACGUGCACGUCUCGUGGCGCUCAUAA